AAAUUUACCUUUAUUUUUGCAACUCUGAUAUUAGAUUUCCUUUGAUUUCAUUUCUUCUGUUUCAAUUGUGCUGUUCUGGGGUAGUAUUAAUUUGCAGCUUGCUAGAUGAUAACCUUGAGUGUAAUGAUUUGUUCUCGUUUCCUAAGCAGAUUGAUUGUAAAGUUUUGAAAAAACUUAGAAAUGAAUUGUCUUGCUAUUUAUGUAUAGAAUGGAAUACCCAACUGAAGAGUGUGAGAUAGAAGAAGAAAGUUACUACUCUGAGCACUCUCCGCAAGUAGAUUAUAGUACUGGCAAGGUGAGUUGGAUACUGAACAAGGGAUGGGGGAUUGGGAAGAAACUAUUGAUGACUGGUGCAGUCAUUUCUUCUGCACCUUUCGUUCUCCCACCGCUUGUUGUUACGUCUGCAAUAGCGUUCGCCUGUUGGGUUCCUUGCGGGGUUGUGAUGGCGAGUUAUACUUGUUCUGAGAAGUUUAUGAGUAAGUUGCUCCCUUAUAAUAGUAAUGAGGAUGAAGUAGAGUUUGAGGAUGCGGAAGAGGAUGUAAAGGUGGAUGUUGGUGAGUAUUUGGAUAUGGAGGAAAAACCUCUCUUGGAGGGGAUUAAUGGGGCGAGAAUGGAAGGGUCGAGAUAUGAGUACAACGAUGAUGUCCUGCUAGAUGAGAAUGCAAUCAGUGAUGGGGUGGAUCUCGUGGUGUUCAAUGUCAUUGAGGACGGGGAGGAGUUCGGAGUGUCGCCAAUUGAAGUGACAAGUGUGAGACUGGAAGGAAGUGAAGCUCAAGAAAAAGUAAGCGACUUAUUGGAAGGGGAGGAAUUGGUGAAGGAGACAAGGGGAUUGCUAGAGAAAAUUAGGGAUGAAGGCAGUGCUGAUGAUGGAAUGGAAAUGGAGAAUCAUUAUUCAGUUGGAACUCCAGGAUCAAGGAAGGAUUCCAUGGAUAUAUUACUAGAUAACAAUGUAGUCAGUGAUGAGGUGGACAUAUAUGUGUCAAAUGCAAUUGAUGGGGAGAAGGAGAUUAUAAUUGAAGAACCUGAGGAAAAAGAAAUAGUAAAUGACUUCAUGGAGGAUGAAGAAUUGGUGAAAGAAACAAGGGGAUUGCUAGAAAAAAUGAGGGAUGCUGGCAGUGCUGAUAAUGGUGCAGUGGCAAUCUCAGAGCCCUAUGCAGGAGUCAUUGAACAAGGUGAGGAGGAGAUGGAUGAGAUAACAAAAAGUAAUUUUGAAGAGACAGAGAGGGCAGUUGACAAGACAUCAACUGAUGCUGAGGGCUUGGGUAUACCUACUAGUACCAUGGAAGGUGGAUUGCCAAAAGAAAGUGAAAAAUCUGAAGAAAAAAUACAUGUGACCGAUGUGAAUGCUGUUUCUGAAGAUUGGGAAAGUGUAUCAGAAAGCGAAAAUGCUGACAACAAUUUUGGAGUGGAAAGGCAAAUAGGAGAAAUCAGGAUUGUUAACAACAUUCUAGGGGCAGAAAAGUCUAUUUCAGAAAUGACUGUUGAUUUGAGGGUUGUGAGCACAGUUGUGGCAGAGACACAUGUUCCUGUGGCGAACAAAGAGGAAGUACUGCAAGCAGAGAGAGCGGAGAACAAUAUCAGUCACGUCACAUUUCCUUCAAUUAAUGAGAAGGAAAAUGUUGUUUCCGCGAAUGCAGAUGCGAGAAAGAUUGCUGAUGAAAGCGGCCUUUAUGUGUUUGAUGAGAAUAAUGCAUCAGGUGAGCAAGGUAAUGUGGGUGGAGAAGGUGCCGACUUUGCAGGGCUUUCAAUUUCAAGCAGGGUCAGUGAAUCUACCGAUGCUAAGAUAUCUUCUCAGAAGGACAACAUCCAUUCCAAUGGGGUACUUAAAAACGAGGACAAGAUAUGGAAACAGAUUGAAGCUAUACAAAGCAUUGUCGGAUAUAAAGUCACACCCCAUGCAAGUUAUAUGGAGGAACUGAAGGCUCUUUACAUCUUCACUGGAGUAGAGCCUCCUUCAUCGUUCAACGACCCUCCUGAUCUUGCACAAGUCGACAACAAACUCCGUUUUCUCAUGUCCAUUAUUGGACUGAAAUAGCCAGUAGUGCUUGUUCGUAGACUAUCCACUGUCGCUUUCCAGAUUACAUAGCAUACCAAGACAUCUUACGUAUUUGGUUAACCUAUACUAAUAGGGUAUCUUAGUGUUAUGUUUCGUGCAACAGCUGUUCUGAUUUGUAUCAGUCGUGAACGUUAUCGUCCUCCCAUGUAUUUUCUAUUUGGUUAUGUGUUUAAGACUUCAAAUCCAUGGUACCGCUAUGAGUUCAUACUUGAUAGUGGUGGUAAGGUGUGCAGUUUAUGCUUCCAU